AUGGCCCGCCAAACCAUCGCCCCCAAACUAGCCAAGCAAGUUGGGGCCUCUAAGAAGAAAACAGCUGGAGACUCCAACAAGAAACGCCCCAAUCAAACAAGCAAGCCCCAAGAAUUUGUCCACGAUGGUUCCAAUCAGCUCCAAGACGGACUACCCUUCGAACCCGAAGCCGCCCUUAAGCGGCCCCCAUCAGCCAAGCAUGCAAAGGAUCACAAAUGA